CGUGGGGCGGCUUAGAUGCGCCACGGCUUCGGUAGCGACGGCUCUCGCUGUGUUUGAGCCGCUCUAACCCCCUCCCCCAGGACCGUCGCAGUCGGCUAGUCCGCGCUUCACGGUAACCAUGUGCGACCGAAAGGCCGUGAUCAAAAAUGCCGACAUGUCGGAGGAGAUGCAACAGGACUCGGUGGAGUGCGCGACUCAGGCGCUGGAGAAAUACAACAUCGAGAAGGACAUUGCGGCCCACAUCAAGAAGGAGUUUGACAAGAAGUACAAUCCCACUUGGCACUGCAUUGUGGGCAGAAACUUUGGUAGUUAUGUGACACAUGAAACUAAGCACUUCAUCUAUUUCUACCUGGGCCAAGUGGCCAUCCUUCUGUUCAAAUCUGGUUAAAGCAUGGAUUGUGCCCACACACCCAGUGAUCCAUCCAAAACCAAGGACUGCCGCCUAAAUUCCAAAUACCAGAGACUGGACUCUUCAGCCUUGCUAAGGGAACACCUCCAUCUUUGAACCUUUGUUGUGUUGUUUGGUACAGGACCUCCUCUGUACUCCUUUGUGGUUAUAAAGCAAUUAGCAAAACGGC